AUGGCAGAACGUUCUACCACGCCUGACCAUUUGAAUUUUAAGAAAGGAUGGAUGACAAGACUGGAAGAAGAUGGAAAGUGGAAGAAGCACUGGUUUGUCCUGACUAACCAGAGUUUAAGAUUCUACAGGGAUUCUGUUGCUGAAGAGGCUGCUGAUCUGGAUGGUGAAAUCAAUCUGUCCACCUGUUUUAACAUCACAGAGUUUCCUGUGCAGAGAAACUAUGGCUUCCAGAUUCAUACUAAGGAUGGAGUUUUCACACUCUGUGCAAUGACCUCUGGGAUUCGCCGCAACUGGAUUCAGGCGGUUAUGAAGAACGUUGAUCCAUCUGUAGCUUCUGACAUCACAUGCUCACUCUCCGAACCCAAGUCCUCCUCAAAAUCUUGCUACCCAGAUGAGCAGAAGAGGAGCCGUAUCGGCGAUCGACGAAAAGAGGGCCGUUACAAAACCUUCGACUGGGCAGAGUUCAGUCACAGUCGACAGAAAAGGGAGGAGUUUAUCAGGCAGACAGAAUCGGGACCUGUCUGUGGCCACUCGGUGCCCACUGAAGCAGCGCCGUCAUGUGAAGAACCAGUCAUAAAAUCAUUCACAGAGAAGCAGGUGGGUCACCCUCAGGAAGUGAGACCCAGAGCACAGCCCUGUACUACUGACUCCUCGCUGCUUGUGGUGUCGUCUGCAGUCCUUGCUACAAAAAUGAGUGGUCAGGAGAGCACAGAGAUUGGUGGAGUGAUUGCCAGCAAUGACAUUUCUAAGCAUGAGGAACAGAAGAAAAAGGCUGAUCAUUCCACCUUAGCUUUACCAGCCACGUAUUCAUCAUCCUCAGUGCAGACGGAUUGGCAUGGGGAUGACUUUCAUGAUCUCCUCAGGGAUCUGAAGGCAGAACAAGACAGAAGAAAGCGAGAGGCCAAGGAGUUUAAAGUAUCCGAGUCCCGCCUCCAGGCCGAACUAAGCGGGACGCGAGACACUCUCCACGAAACGGAGCUGAAGCUGCAGAAAGCCGAGGCUACCCUGCUGGAACGGGAGAGUGCGCUCCAGGAACUGCGUAGUUGUCUGGAAGAGGUGUCGGACCAUCUGAAAGCUACCGAGGAGGCGCACGCUCUGAAAGACGUCUGCCUGGAGAGACAGUUAUGCCUCCUACAGGAGAGUCAGGAAAGAGAAAGGAGGUGUCUCGGUGAUAGUCUUAACCAUGCACAGCAGCGCGGAAGGGAACUGGAAGAGCGGCUCGAGCAGGCCGAGGCCGAGCUGCAGAAGCUGGCAACGGAGGGCACCGUUGAAGCUUUGAGGAAGAAGUGCCAAGGGUUGCAGCACCAACUGGGCGAGUCGGACAGCGAGUUGAGCCGGCUACAGGCGCGUCUUCGGAACGAGGAGACGCUGUAUUACGAUCUGGAGCACAACUACGAGCGAGUGUGCGAGGAGCUGGGGUGUGUUCGCGGAGCCCUGCAGGACUUUGAGAGGGUCUCUGAGGAACGCCUCGAACAAGAGCUGAAGAGAAAAGAGCAGGAGUUGGAAGAAGUGCUCCUAAAAGUGGCUUCCUUGGGCACAGAGCUUGAAGUGAAGAAGGAACAGGGUGUUGCAGGGUGUUGGGACAACUUGCAGGGUGUUAGGAGCAGUUGGGUAACUCAGCAGGAGGUCACUAAUAACGAAGCGAUGGCAGCUCUGGAGAGCGAAGUGUAUGGCUCAGAAGAACAAGGCAACCUUCGGAGUACGCAAACAUCUACAGAGCUGUCUAUGCCUGCUACAGAAGAUCCAGAUCUAAGGUACCACGACCAGCCUUUGCGAUCCUCACAAGGGGUCAUGCUUAAGAAUGCAGCCCCUAAUCUUAUGGCGUAUAAUGGAGUACUUGACUUUGACCUCUUGGAAGAUUCGCAAGAAGAUGAGAAGAGCCUUGAGGAGCAGUUGUCCCUUGAGAUGCUGAGCAAGAUACUUUCCUUGGAAGGACUCGUCGUCCAGAAGAUGGCUUCUGCAUUGGAGAGUCCAAGCCAAGAGUUCCUUCAGAGACUUUUAGAGUUGCAGGUCCAUCCCCAGACACUUGAUGAAGAGCUAGUCGUAAGGAAGUACUCAGAGUUUCUUUCCAGCUAUCAGAGGCUAAGUGAGAUGGAGAGCCCAUUGGAUGAGAGGGAGAUCUGCAACCUUUGUGUGGAAGCCGAGUUAGCAUACCUUACCUGCACCAACAACAUACAAAGUUCUCAAGAGCACCACAAAUCAGAGGCUAAUCAUGUACCAUGCACAAGGUCUGAGAGUUUACAUCUGAAUACCAGACCAGAAGAAGGUUCUAAGCCAGGGUUCAGGUUGGAAAACGUCCGCCUGCCUGAACUAGUCCCGUACAAGGAUCGGAACCCAGACGAAACCACAACGCUCAGCCCAGAAGACAUGGAGAGCCUUGCGUUGGAAUUGCGUACACACUCAAGGUCCCUUCAAGCCCUCUCUGUGGAGCUGCACCCACAAGACAGAAGUCCAGACUUUCAUUCCGAGGUUCCUCUAGACGUCCUGCGGGCCGCGCUCUUCCAGGCCACUCUCGUCUACGUGACCAGCCGACUGCGCUUAGCCCUGCAGCAUCAGUUGCACGUCAUGCAAGCGUGUUGGGAACAGGCCGUCAACAAGUACUACGGUUUGGAAGGCCAGUUCCAGAACCAAGAAGAGCACUACACGGAGAAGCUGCGAGAAGGUCGGGUGACCAUCGAAAUGGCAGAACUGGCACGCGAAUCUGCAGAGACCAGUGUUCAGAUAAAGGAGCAGGAAGUGCAGCAACUGAAGGUGGAUUUUGAGAAGAAGUUGGAGCAGAUUCAGCAGAUACAUGAGGAGGAGAUGGGUCGUGUUUAUAAAUACUACGCCCAGACCGGUUCACGGCCUGUCAGCCCAUCGGCGCCUGACGACGAAGAGACGCGUUCUGUAAGCACUCUGAAGCGGAGAAUUAAAGAGCUGGAAAUGCAGAUCCAGUGUUUGGAAGAGGAGCAUCACAGAGGAGAUGACAAAACCCUGAGAAAGGCCUAUGAACAGGAACUGGAGACUCUAAAGGCUACUUGUGAGCUCGGAUUCAGCAGCAUGGAGCAGAGUCAUCAGAGAGUGAUCGUGGAAAUGCAGCGGCAGCACCAGAUAGAGGUCGAACGGCUGAUGGAGGAGAAAGACCGAGCGCUCCAGGAGGAAACCGACGCCACCAUUGCAGCCAUCGAGGCCAUGCGUAAAGCUUAUGAGGAGCAGCUGGAGAAACACCAAAAAGCUCAGCAGAAAGGCACCAACAAGGACAUCCAUAAGCUGCAUGCCCAGUUUAAUGAAGAACUGGAGUCGUUAAACCGCGAGCUGCAGGUGGUAUCUGAGCAGUAUUCUCAGAAAUGCCUGGAAAAUGCCAACCUGAGCCAAACUAUAGAGACAGAGAGGCAGAAUUUGAUCUCGGCCCAGAGAGAGAACAAAGAACUCGAUAAACGAAAUCAAGAGUUGAGUAAGUGUCUGGCGGUUGAGCUCUCCCGUAUGCAGUCCGAUACGAAUGGUGCAGUGGAUCAUGCCGAGCUCUUUCAGGGCAGAGACAUUUAUCAGUUAGAGGUUAUGCUAAGGGUAAAGGAAUCAGAGAUUCAGUGUCUGAAGCAGGAGAUCUGCUCAUUGAAGGAGGAGCUGCAGGCAUCAGACAGACAUUCUAGGAAGCUCCUGAAUGAGCUGAGUGAUUUGAGAGCUAAAUGUCCAAUCGUUCAACGUAGAGCCGAAGCCCACAAACCACAGAGCUCUAAAUGUGAUGUAAUGAAGUCAAAAAGUAAUCCAGAUUUCCUAAAGGACCGCUCCAAACAAAAGCAAGCAACCAGAUCAAAGUCUCACAGGGACAAUAUCAGUGUUCAGGAAAGAAUGAAGAUUUUUGAAUCGAGCAACAGAUAGAAAGAUCUGUAUGUGCAGUGAACUGUAUGUGCAAUUUAACAUUUUUGUGAGUUUUAUAUGUUUUAUAAUAAAUAUUUAUUUAUGCAGUAGUGAUUUG